GCUCCCAGAGUGUGGCUGACAGGUAAUAAAGCCACACGCACGUUUACAGGUGAAUUUAAUGCUGUUGGGACAAUCCUCCUUCGCCUGUUUGAUCCCAUAAGAUGUCUUCACUCCUCAAGGUGGACAAUGAAAUUAAAACCAAGGUUGAUGCUUUCAGAGAACGAAUCACUUCAGAAGCAGAGGACCUAGUUGCCAAUUUUUUCCCGAAGAAGUUGCUGGAACUCGAUCACUUCUUAAAGGAUCCAAUCAUAAACAUCGCUGAACUGAAGGAGAUCCACUCGGAGAUCAACCUGACGGUGCCCGACCCCAUCCUGCUCUCAAACCUGCACGACGGACUAGAAGCGCAAAAUGCCAAAAAGAGGAAGCUGGAGGACGGAGGUGGGGAGGACAUGGUGACCGGCACCAAGGUGUUCGUCAUGCCUGGUGGGAUGAUGAAGAGCAACGGAAACCUCGUUGAUCUUAUCGAAAAGGUCAAACCAGAGAUCAGGACACUCAUAGAGAAAUGCAACACG